GAAACUGCGGAAGAGCAAUACAGGCAGCAGGUGGGUACGGGGCCAGGCUUUAUACUCGGCGCAAGUGAUCGGCACUUUGAUCCUGAAAAGUCAGAAACGCUAAAAGCAAUAAAAGCCGGUGAAGCAGAUGAUUUUGGUCGAAAUUUUAACCGGAAAAUAGUGGAAGCAGAAGCGCCUCAUGUCCCACCUCCGCAGGAACCGUACUGGGCGCAAACAGCGCGAAGCAAAAGUGAAAGAGCACGUUCGACGACACCACCGGCCACCUAUACAACACCCAACACGCCAUAUUAUGCACCGUAUUAUUCAACGCUGCAGCAGCCCAAAAAGCACACUGAUGUUCCGAGGUAUCAAUCCAUCCAAGAAAAUCACGAAAAAAAACUGUCCAAGCUCGUUUUAGUAAGCUCAGGCUAGCU